AUGGUAUCAGAAACAAAAGUUGCAACUGGUACAAAUUUACAUCCACAUGAAUCAAUAUCAUCAUUAUUACAACUUGAACUUAUUUCAUCGUUAAAUUCCGAUAAUCAUUUAAAAUAUCAAUCAGAAAAUAAUAUAUCAUCAAAGAAAAAAUUUCAUAAUAAUUUACUUCAAAAUUCUCUGGAAUCAAUUAAUGAUAAUUAUCAAAGAUUUUCAAAUAAUAAUUUAAUUAAUACACAUUUGCCAAUAGCAAAUAUGCCACAAGAUUCGACGAUAAUCACUAAAACAUCAUCAUGUCAAUUACCAGCAGUACCUAAACAAGCUGGUACAUUUAUUCAUCGUCUUGUUAAUAAAUUUUUUUUAAUGACAAAUAAAAAUCAAAAUAAGAAAAAAUUAUGUCCUAUGAAACAAAUUAAACGAAAACAAAUGAAUACGAGAUUAAAUACAAGAAUUCUAUCAGAUGAUAGUCAUACUUUUUUAAAUAUUAUAUCAAAAAAAAGACAACGAAAACGACGACAACAUUCAAUAGUAAUAACAAAUAAUAAUCAACAUUGUCCUGUAUGUCGAAAAUAUCGAAAUAAUUUUUCAAUUGUACCAAUAAAUGCAAUACAAGUUUUAUCAACAGAUUAUUCUUCCGAAUUAUCUAAGAUUGUUAAUAGUAAUGCGACAACAACUAGAAAAAAUCGUUCAAUUUUAACAACUGAACCAUUAAUAUCAUUACCUAAAAUUCAAUUAGAAAAAAUACGAACAUUAAAUGAAUCACAAUGUCAAAAAAUUGCUUCAGCAGUUGAACUUAUUUUUGAUACAUUAAUUUCAAAUUAUCAACAUAUAUGA